AUGCCCCUUCCCGCCGGUUUGAUCGCUUUCCUGCUUGUGGCUCAACUAUCCAUAACUGAUGCCGGCCGGUCCCUCUCCAUGAAUGGUCAAUGGGUUGGAGGCGCCAUUAGUUCCUCUGCAGAUGUAUAUUCCUCUACUGAUGUGAUAAUAACCGAGUUUUCAACAGCAACAUCUUCGUCGUCGUUUGAGUCAUCGUCCCAAGUCGCUCCUUGGCUGCUUCCUGAUGAACUGCGUCCCGAGAUUGCGUAUCUCGACGCGGAGACGGGAGUUUACAAGUACGAAGAUCUCUUUUACGACAGCGACGUGCUGGUUGCGUGGAAUGGCGUUAUGGAAACGGAUUUGCCGAGCGGCGCAUUGUGGUUCACGGGCGGGUGCAGGUUGCUACAGCCAGUGCCACUAAGCGAUGACGACACGGACGGCGUCACCACCGCAAAUGCCGGCCCCGCUGCCGCCGUUCAGUUUGACGGUGUAUCCUGUCACGGGAAGAAGAACCUCCUGCCCUCUACUACGGGAGGUAGCUUCCCUUCGGGCGCCUUCACCGCGAUCUGGAUCGGCUAUGUCGAUUCCCCGGGAUCUCUUUCCUCCGAAACCAGCCGUACACCAUUCGCCUUCGAGACUGCACUGUACGACAUUAACGGCGGCGUGGUUCCGCCGCCGCCUUACAAGCAGUGGACGAUGGAGGUGGUCAGUCGACAGUCUGCGACAUCCAGUGUUGCGAGUGCCGUACACGAAAUGUCGUACUACCGGUACGGACCGCGGUCCGGUGAGCUAAGUGUAUGGCGGUUUGACUCUGCUUUGCAUGACCCGUUUUCGGGGACGUUGGCUGUCGGUGUAGAUGUUGAUGAGGAGCAAGAUCUGUUUUCUGGGAAAUUGAGUGUCGUACUGUUGUACAAUAGGGCUCUUGAAGAGUCCGAAGUACAUGACCUGGCGACGUUUUACAGCUCACGCUUUGGCUGGCAGCUGCCCCUAUAG